AUUGUUUUUAGAUGAUGAAUAGUUAUUUUUAAAAAUAUAGUUUUACUUUUAGGUUAUAUUAUAGUGUCUUAUUAUUUAGGGAUUUGUUGAAAAUUAGCCAGUUAUAUGAUUAGUUAACUAAAAUUACCCUCUAAUUAUAUUUUGUUUAAUUCUACCCAUUUUUCCCCACACUUCCAAAAAUGCCCUUGACCAUUACCAUUUUCUCUAACCUUGUACCCCACGACAAUAACCAUUCUCUCAACCUUGCCAAUCAAUCCCAGCCUCCACAACCAGCACUCUGCCACCACAACUCCACCACAACGCCACCACAUGUCCGCCACAACUUUGCCAUUGCCAUCAAUAGAGUCAUUGACACCAUAACCUUCUACGACGUUCUACAACCACGGUUCCGCCACCACAGCUCCACCACGAAGCCACCACGCCUCCACCGCGCCUCCACUAGUGGUAUAGUUAUAGGAAAUGCACAAAAUAAUCUUGCAUAUAUUUUUUAAUGGAAGAUGGAAUGCAAACAACAAAUAUGUUGAUCAUGAAGUCAAAAUUUUGAUGGUGGAAAAGGAUAUUAAGUACUUGGAAUUGGUAGAAAAGAUAUACAAAGAGCUCAGUUUGAAUGAAAAUUUGAUUUCAACAAAUAUGCUUUUUGAUGCAAAAAUGGAUACAAGCAAAGGAAUGAAGAUAGAAAGUGAUGACAAUUUACAAGUCUAUCUAAACUUGAACAAGACUAUGGAAGAGUUGAAAAAAUGUCCUCUCAUCGUUGAAGUAGAACAGGGAAACCAAACCCUUUCUUUGCCAAGAGAAGCUAGCAUUCCAACUGCUUUAGCAAGCAAUGCAACAAAUCACACUUUGACUAUCACAUACCCCAAUACGAUUACUGCAAGCACUAGUAAGAUAAGGAGCGUCUCAACACAAGAAUCCCACAAAAUUACGGAACACGGGCAAGAAGCUCAAUCACCUCUGCAUGUGUUGCCAAAUAUGGAGAUUGAAGACAUAAGAGUCAAUUAUGUUUUCAAGAAUAAGACUGAUCUAAAAUAUACACUUGCGAAAAUCGCCAUCAAGAAACACUUUCAGUAUAGGAUUGAAAAAUCAUGUUCAGAGGCAUUUUGGGCAAAAUUCAUAGAUGACAAUUGUGGCUGGUAUAUACUGUAACGUCCUACGUUUUUGGGUACCUUUAAACGACUCGGGUCGGGAUUUUUUCCCCCGGGUUAAGAAUAUUAUUUUAAAUAAUAUUAUAUUUUUGUUUGGAAGUAUUCCAUGAGUUAUUGCUAGCCUAAAUAUGAAUUUUGUGAUUUUAAAAGUCAAGAUAAGACUUUCGGUCCUGGACCGACACAAAAA